AUGGUUUCUUCUUCUUCCCGGUUCUUCUCCUCCUCCUUCUUCUUCUUUUUUAUAUUCUUUUUGCCAUUGUCUUUUUUUCUUCUUCUUCUUCAUCUUUUUAAUUCUUUUUCCAUUAUUUUUUUCUUUCUUUCUUCUUCUUCUUCUUCCUCCUUCUUCUUCUUCUUAAAAAUUCUUUUACCAUUAUAUUUUUUGCUUUUUGAUAUUGACGUUUUCUUUUCUUCUUCAUCUUUCAUAGUCUUUUGUCAUUGUCUCUUUUUUCUUCUUCAUCUUUUAUAUUCUUUUGUCAUUGUCUGUUUUUCUUCUUCUUCUUCUCCUUCUUCUUCUCCUCCAUCAUCUUUUAUAUUCUUUUGCUAUUGUCUCUUUCUUUUCUUCUUCAUCUUUUAUAGUCUUUUGCCUUUUGUCUCUUCCUCUGUUUUCUUUUUGUUAUAUCGCUCAGACCAUAUUAUUUGUGCCAAAGACGAAGAAAUACAAUUGUCUGUUGCCAAGCUCACUGCUGUGUAUGAUGAGCUGUCUGAAAAAGAACUUUGUUUAGAAAUUCCACGUUUAAGGCAACACCUACAAGCAGCCGAAAUAAACUUGGAGGAAGCCAAGCAGUAG